AUGGAUGCCAUGCCGAACACCUCCGCCCGCAUCAACAAGUUCGCCGGAACAAACUUCCAUACGUGGAAGUUCAAGAUGCAGCUGGUGCUGGAGGAGCUAGACCUGUGGGAUAUCGUGAGUGGGAAGGUAAAUCUUGAGCACUGCGUGUCGACAUUGGACCAAGCACCGUUCAAGCGGAAGUCGCGUAAGGCACUGGCGAUCAUCUGCCUUGCAAUGGAGGACUCGCAGUUGCCACUGGUGCGCUCGGCGGAGAAUGCGUAUGAUGCAUGGUCGCGUCUGGAGGGACACUACGAGAAGAAGAGCUUGGCUAAUAAGCUCUUUCUUCGUCGCCGUUUCUUCACGACAAUGAUGGGAGAAGGUGAUGACGUGCUAGAGUACAUCAACAAGCUAAAGACCCUGGCGGAGCAGCUCGACGCGGUUGGUGCUCUGGUCAGUGAAGACGACUUGGUCAUCACUCUUUUGGCCAGUCUCAGCGAGUCCUAUCAAUUCCUGAUAAAUGCGCUGGAGUCAAGAUCCGACUCGCUGACAUGGGAUUUAGUGACUUCUCGGCUGAUGCAUGAAGACCUGAAGCGCAAGGCGCAAGGUGGCGGAGUCGAUGGAUCCGUGCAUGGGCAAGCUCAAGCGUUCAUGUCAAGAGACAACAAGCGAAACGGACGACCGGUAAGAAGACUGGUGCGUGCCACAAGUGUGGGAAACAAGGACAUUGGAUUGCGGAGUUCCCCUCGCGGAUCCAAGAAGACGCGGAACGAUAUCGUUUACAGCCACAUGACGAGCUCCAAGAAGUUCAUGAAGAACUACAAGGUCUUCAAUCCGGUCGAUGUGCACUUGGCAGACGAUGGUGUCUUUCAAGCGAUCGGAAAAGGCGACAUCAUGAUGUCAAUGUUGACGCCACGCGGUACCAAGAAAGUUGUGCUCGCGGACGUGUGGCAUAUCCCGAUGUUAUCGCGUAAUCUGUUCUCCGUGGGUAGAUUUUUUAAGGACGUCGGGCCAGUCACCUUCGAAACCAACGGAUGCUUCGCGGAGACAAAAGGUGUCAAGUGGAAUCUCGGUGCUCGCGAAGGCAAAGUGCUUUUCAAACUCUGCAUGACGCCAGAAGCGUCUAGCGAGGCAAACGUGUCAAGUUUGAAUGAUUGUAAAAGGGGUACCGGGUCGCAUCUCUGGCAUCUUCGGCUUGGUCACAUCGGCCACGGAGGACUUGACGCCAUCGUCAAGAAAGGUCAUGGAGCCGGCAUUGACUUGGCCUUGGUGAACAAAUGGGAGACUUGCAGCGGGUGCGCACUCGGCAAGCAAACACGAGUGAGCUAUAUGUCGAAGUCUCCUGAAAAAGCAAAGGCGUUGCUGGAGGUCAUUCACAGUGAUGUGUGUGGACCCAUGCAAACCUGUACCUAA